AUGACGAAUGAGGUGUGCGCGACGUUUUGCGCCUCGCGCGGUUUCGCCUACGCUGGCACUGAGUGGUAUCAGGAGUGCUAUUGUGGCAAUGCUCUUGCGGUCGGCGGAGUCAUUGCCAAUGAGCUUGACUGCAACACUCCCUGUGCGGGCGAUACGACCCAGCCAUGCGGUGGUCCCAAUCGAUUGACGCUCUUCUUCACCGAAGAAGCCAAUGGCCCAAGUGUUAAUCCAGGAGUUGGCGGCUGGGUGUCAGAAGGUUGCUAUACUGAUGGCGCAGGAGGGCGAACCCUCUCUAACGGGAUCGGUAGUAUUCCGGCGUCUGAGAUGACAGUUGCUAAGUGCCUUGCGGCUUGCAGAGCAGGCAACUACAAACUAGGCGGUGUGGAGUACGGAGGCGAAUGCUAUUGUGACAACUCGCUCAAGAAUGGAGGUGCGCCUGCCGUCGACGGCUGCAACAUGCUUUGCAACGGCAACACCACCGAAUACUGCGGUGGACCCAAUCGCCUCAAUCUCUACAACUACAAAGAGGUCGUAGAUGUGUCGUCAACGGUAACAACCACGCCCGAGCCCACAGGUACGGCUUCUGUCAUCGAGACCGUCCUUCCUACCUCAACUAUCACUCCCACUGGGCCAAGUCACCCAGAAACCGUGGGUCCUUAUUCCUGGGUUGGCUGCCGUACCGAGGCCACCGGCGCCCGUGCUCUCGGCGCCAAAGAGCUUGCGAACGAUCAGAUGACUCUUGAAACGUGCCAAACCUUUUGUACGGGAUACAAAUACUUUGGUACGGAGUAUGGAAGGGAGUGCUUCUGUGGUAAUACGUUUGCAGCAGGCUCUCAGACCGCCCCCGAAUCGGACUGCAGCAUGAGGUGUUCUGGUAGUCCCCAACAAUACUGUGGCGCCGGCAAUCGCUUGUCCGUCUACAUGCUUGACGAGGGGGGUUCGCCAGCCUCAUCAGCUGUAACCUCAGGCGCUGCUACUAGCGAUGCAGGGGUUGCGAGCGCUGUCUCAACCUCAACUUCGACGUCAGCGCGUCCUGUGGCGACUGGCUACCCAUCCGGGUGGAGCGAACAAGGCUGUUGGGUCGACGGGGCUGGCGGUCGCAUCCUCACCCACCAGGUCCCUGACGACAAUGCUCUGACCCUUCAGAAGUGCGCCAAGAAAUGCUUUGAUUUGGGUUACACUGUUGCUGGCGCUGAGUAUUAUCAACAGUGCUUUUGCGGUAAUGCUAUUAUCAACAACGGUGUCAAGGCUUCCAGCGACUCGCAGUGUAACACGCCAUGUGCGGGUGACAGCACGCAGAUGUGUGGUGGAGGUGACCGUAUGACCAUCAUCUCGGAUGGCCCUCCUCGAGUACGUGGUCCUCCUUCGCCCCAGCUGAGUGGCUUUAACGGCGACUGGACAUACCAGGGCUGCCUUCAAAGUUUUGUCGGAACGACGCGGACUUUCUUCUGGCAGAACUUCUUCCCUGGCACCAUGACUGCUAACGAGUGCCUCGAUCGUUGCGGCGAAUUUGGAUACAUGGCUGCUGGCCUCGAGUACGGCGAGGAGUGCUACUGCGGUGAUCCGGCCAACAUUGAUACAAUUGGUACCGUCUUCCGUCCCGAAUCCGAAUGCAAUAUACUCUGCGCCGGCAAUGACUCUUCCAUCUGCGGUGGCGGCAACCGGAUGUCAACUUAUUUCUGGACUGGCACUCCCCUUUACGCAUGGACCUUUCCCCAGGACGUCGCCAGGGCUGGCUCGUACGAGCUCCUAAUUGGAGGCGUCUGCAUCCCACUCAUGACAAUGGAGUCUAUCACGGGAAAGGUUACAUUCCUUGAGAAAUGGGGAACUGGUCCGGCCAAUUCUACGGGUGCCUACGAGCUGGACCUCUCCUUGACGCCUAACAGGAACACCGCAUGGCGUGAGAUGAACGUCAAGACGGACAUUUUCUGCUCGUCUGGUCUUAUACUUCCCGACAAGGCCGGCCGUCAACUCACAGUCGGUGGAUGGUCGGGCGACUCGACUUAUGGUGUUCGCCUUUAUACACCUGACGGUUCGCCAGGAGUCAAUGGCACCAACGACUGGGAAGAGAAUGUAAACCAACUAUCCCUUCAAGACGGUCGAUGGUACCCAACUACUAUGAUCAUGGCCAACGGCUCCAUUUUCGUCAUUGGUGGCGAAGAGGGAUCCAAUGGCGCUGCCGUUCCCACCAUUGAGGUCCUGCCAUACACGGGACGGGCACCGCUGUUUAUGGACUGGUUGGAACGCACCGACCCGAACAAUCUGUAUCCCUUCUGCGCAGUCUUGCCGAGCGAGAACAUAUUUGUGGCCUACUGGAACGAGGCUCGCAUUCUGGACAAGACAACUUUCGAAACGCUGACCAUCCUGCCGACAAUUCCCGGCACGGUGAACAACCCUAUGGGUGGUCGCACAUACCCUCUCGAAGGUACUGGCGUCUUGCUUCCGCAAAAGGCACCAUACACAGCUCCCCUCGGUAUACUCAUAUGCGGUGGAUCUACAGAGGGCGUGGCAACGGCCAUCGACAAUUGUGUAACCAUCUACCCUGAAGCCCCAGAGCCUGAAUGGGUGAUCGAACGCAUGCCCUCGCGCCGUGUCAUGUCUUGCAUGGCGCCGCUGCCUGAUGGAACGUAUCUCAUAAAUAACGGCGCGCAGCAGGGCGUGGCAGGCUUCGGUCUCGCAGAGUUCCCCAAUCUGAAUGCGCUCAUCUACGAUCCAGAGAAGCGUGUUGGCGCACGCAUCACGGUCGUAGCCAACACAACAAUUGCGCGUUUGUAUCACUCGGAGUCUAUUACGCUUCUCGACGGUCGCGUGCUGGUCACAGGCUCUGACCCUCAGGACGGUGUCAACCCUCAGGAGUAUCGCGUCGAAGUCUUCAACCCGCCGUACCUGACCAGCGGCAAGCCCCGACCAACCUUCACGCUCGCGAACCGAGACUGGGACUAUGAUGAGUCAAUCACGUUCACGCUUGGCAGUGCCCCGGUCAACGGUGCCAUCUCUGUUACGCUUCUUGGUGGCGUUUCAUCAACACAUGGCAACUCGAUGGGCACACGAACCAUUCUACCAUCCGUCUCUUGUAGUGGCCUCACUUGCACCGUCACGGCGCCGCCUGACGCGGGCAUAUGCCCACCCGGUUGGUUCCAGUUCUUCGUUCUUGACGGCGGCAUUCCCGCAGUGGGUGUGUAUGUCCGCAUUGGAGGCGAUCCAGCCGAGCUGGGCAAUUGGCCUGACAAGUCAUCCUUUUCACCACCUGGCUUGUAG